AGAACAACCAUAAAGUGAUUAAAGAAAAAAUGGCAAAAACUUUCUCCUAUCGAAGGCUUGAGGUUGUCAGUGGUAGUCCAGCUGCUGAAGACUUCAAGGAGAGAUGGCCUGCCUUAUUUUGUGAAGCUGAGAUAAAAGAAGAAUUUAGGAGAUUAACUGCAAUUUCCCUGGAACAGAGCUUCAUGAACAGGCUUGACACAUACACACCAAAAAUGAUUACCCUAAUGAAGCUCAAGGGAGGUGUCGUGGGCACCAAGCUGAGGCCGUACAUGGACAUACUGAGUCAGAACCAAAACAUUGAGAUGAGGCGUGAAGCUGUUAUCCGGAGCCUCAUACUGUACCUUGGCGAGAAGGAAGAGGAACUGUUUGAAGAUUGCCAGGAGGACAACCACAGCGACACAACGCUACACACCCUCAAGAUUCUGGUUGUCCAUGGAGCUGAUGGAAAGGAUCCAGUAUAUGUAUCCAUUAUACUUGAAGGAAAGGAGAUCUUGCCAGGAUGUCAAAAUACUGCGAAAGCUUGUGCACUGCUUAUGGGACUCAUUUAUGCCCUCAACCUCGCAUACCCCAGAGCACUGCGUUACACUUUCGAGGUGUUUCAGAAACUUUUUCUAGAAUUGGAUGGAAUUAAGCUGUCUCCAAAAGUACAAGCUUUAAAGUCGAAGUUGCUUUCUUAAAUGCACUUGCUAUUGCAAGUACUGCACAUUUUUGGAUGCCAGUAUACUCCCCAACUAAAUUUUAAAUCUUCCAGGUUGUAUUGGACCGUUUGGACAGACAAAAUGUUUUUCGGAUCACUUGUGUAGAUAAUUAACAGUUUUGCUUUUGAAUUUAAUUUCACCAUUGUGAAAAGUGGAGGGAAGACACUUGCAUAUUAGAACUGUUUUCAGCUUUGUGCCGACUAAGGCAUCUGUUUUUUGUUUUUUUUUCUUUGACGUGUUUAGAGCACUAGUCUAAAGUGCCAUGUUUAAUUGUUGAAACUGGAUUGUUUUAGACAAUUUUAAGUUUAACUGAAUUCAUAAAAGCACAUCUUUAACUGUUCACCAAAUGUUUUUAUGCAUUUUAUGCAUUGUUUUAUAUUUUAUGCAUAUAAUGUUGUAAUGUUUAGAGCACAUGUCCAGAGUGCUGUGUUGAAUGUUGAAACUGCACUAUUCGAGAGGAUUGUUACUUUUAUUGAAAUAGUAAAAAAAUGUUGCAUCCAUGGAUUAUAUCCAUGAUUGUUUAAGACUCAUCCCAUGUUUUUGUAUUCCUCUUGGGGUUAAAACACUUUCUGAUCUUGACAAAUUUAGUUGUUUUCAGAACUCCAAUCCCUAGGGAAAUGGUUGUCAUGCAAAAAACUGAGGUUUUGUUUUAUGUAACUUUAAAACCAGACAUUUGUGUGAGUCAUUGUUUAAUGUUGAACAAAACAAAUGUUAAUUGUCUAAGCCGUGUGUGGGUUUAUUUAAAUGAAGACAAAAUUACUAUAUUUUUUUGAA